CAUUGGCUGACCACAAAUGCCUACGUGGAAGCUCCUGCAUUUUGAUGAAAUGUAGCUUUCAGGUCCGCUCUGUUCGUUCUUGUGAGCUGCUGCUGCCGGGCGCUCCACCGCCGGGCCGGACCGACACACAGCAAUGCGCGGGAGCUACCGUUACAGAAGACACCAAGUUCACUGCUUUCAACGAUCUCUCCGGACCUCAACUGUCCCUUCCUCCGCCUCCUCAUCUUCUUCGUCUUCUUCUUACUCGGAGAGCCCAUGGAAGACUCGUCAAGCCAGACCCCAACAGAGUUCACAUAGACAAUCUCUCUCUCCCCGGGAAGCUGACGUGAUCAAAUGGAACAUGGCCAUCACCGCCCACAUGCGGCGAGGGGACACCGACUCCGCCUUUCGGACCUUCAACUCCAUGCCCUACAGGAGCCCCGUCACCUACAACGCCAUGAUCUCCGGAUACAUCCAGAACGACAAGUUCGACCUCGCACGGGAGGUGUUCGAAAAUAUGCCCGAGAGGAACUUGGAGUCCUGGAACAUUAUGAUUACAGGCUAUGUGAGGAACAGGAAUCUCUUCUCCGCCCGCGACCUGUUUGAUCAGAUGCCAGUCAAGGACACAGUCUCUUGGAACGCGAUGCUCUCGGGGUACUACCAGAGCGGGUACGUGAACGAGGCUAGGGAGGUGUUUGACAGGAUGCCGAGCAAGAGCGCGGUAUCUUGGAAUGGUUUGCUCGCUGCUUACGUGCAGAAUGGGAGGAUUGAGGAGGCGAGGAGGCUGUUUGACUCGAAAACCGACUGGGAGCUCAUACCUUGGAACUGCUUGAUGGGUGGAUAUGUGAAGAAGAAGAUGAUGGUUGAGGCAAGGGAGCUGUUCAAUAGGAUGCCUGAGAGGGACAUGGUCUCAUGGAACACGAUGAUCACUGGGUACGCCCAGAAUGGAGACAUGUACGAGGCCAGGAGGCUGUUCGAAUUGGCCCCAACAAGGGAUGUCUUCGCAUGGACGGCUAUGGUCUCUGGGUAUGUUCAGAACGGGAUGUUGGAUGAGGCAAGGCGGAUCUUUGAUGAGAUGCCUGAGAAGAAUGCAGUUUCUUGGAAUGCUAUGAUUGCGGGCUACGUACAGUCUAAGGACAUAGACAGUGCAGCGCAGUUGUUCGAGGCAAUGCCCUGUGGGAACAUUGGAUCUUGGAAUACGAUGAUCACGUGCUAUGCCCAGAAUGGAGAUAUUGCCAGAGCAAGGAAUCUGUUCGACCAGAUGCCUCGCAGAGAUUGCAUCUCAUGGGCCUCCAUCAUUGCAGGAUAUGCCCAAACAGGUCACUGGGAAGAGGCAUUGCGAAUGUUUGUGGAGAUGGAGAGAUGCGGAGAGAGACUGAACCGAUCAUCUUUUACAUGUUCCUUGAGCGCUUCUGCUGAUCUCGCGGCACUGGAAAUGGGAAAACAGUUGCACGGGAGGCUAGUGAAGGCAGGGUUCGAGUCAGGAUGCUUUGUGGGCAAUGCGCUCCUCGCGAUGUACUGCAAGUGUGGCAGCAUUGAGGAAGCUUACAACUCGUUUAAGGAAAUAAAUGACAAGGACGUCGUCUCGUGGAAUACGAUGAUUGUAGGGUAUGCAAGACAUGGAUUUGGGAGAGAAGCUUUGGUGGUUUAUGAGUCCAUGCAGGCAUCGGAUAUCAGACCUGACGAUGUUACCAUGGUUGGUGUGCUUUCUGCUUGUAGCCAUAAUGGUUUAGUGGACAGGGGGGUGGAGUAUUUUUACUCUAUGGAGCGGGAUUACGGCAUAAAACCAAAUGUAAAGCACUACACCUGCAUAAUCGAUCUACUUGGGCGAUCUGGGCGGCUCAAUGAAGCUGAGAAUCUGAUGAAGAACAUGCCAAUCGAGCCUGACCCAGCAACAUGGGGUGCUUUACUAGGCGCAAGCAGGAUUCACGGGAACACUGAACUGGGCGAGAGGGCAGCGGAGAUGAUCUUUGAGCUGCAGCCUGAGAAUUCGGGAAUGUACGUUCUUCUAUCCAACUUAUACGCUGCGUCUGGUAGAUGGGCCGAUGUGGGGAGAAUGAGAUCCAAGAUGAGGGAUAAAGGCGUGAAGAAAAUAACGGGAUACAGUUGGAUCGAGUUUCAAAACAAGAUUCACAAGUUUUCUGUCAGAGAUCCUUUCCACCCGGAGAAAGACAGGAUAUACGCUUUCCUGGAUGAGUUAGAGCUGAAGAUGAAGGAAGAGGGUUAUAUUUCGUCGACAAAACUAGUGCUGCACGAUGUGGAAGAGGAAGAGAAGGAGCAGAUGCUCAAGUAUCACAGCGAGAGAUUAGCUGUCGCAUUCGGGAUUUUGUUCAUACCUGCGGGAAGGCCUAUCCGAGUGAUGAAGAAUCUGCGGGUCUGCGGAGAUUGCCACAAUGCCAUCAAAUUUGUUUCGAAAAUCGUUGAUAGGUUGAUAAUUUUGAGAGACAAUAACCGCUUCCACCACUUUAAAGGGGGUUCGUGUUCCUGUGGCGAUUAUUGGUGACAGACGGAGGGCAAUUUGAUGGAAGAGGAGCUGCUGUAUUUGGAUUUGGAGGAGUUUCACAGUCAUCCUCCCUCUCUCUGAUGCAGUCAAUAUGAUGGAAGAGGAGCUGCUAUGUUUGGAUUUGGAGGAGAAGGAGCUACACAGUCAUCCUCCCUCCCUCUAAUACAAUCUUUCGCUUGAAGAAAUGCAUCCAAAAUCCCAUAAAACGAAUUCUAAAAUGGAGGCUGGCCAAUAGUUGGGCUAUUUCGACAAAACUGCAAGGAAAGGAGCUCACUUCUCCAUGGCAAAAGUUAACAGAUUCAGAACGUCAUUUGGCAGUGAGUAGCAAGGAAACUCAAGAUCAAGCCAUCAGGAUUUUUAUCUUUCCUUGCUUGCUUUGAAAGUAUUGAGUUCAAAACAAUAUAGAUGAGUGUUGUGAUUUCCUCGAAUAACAAGUUACAUGACCCUCGAGGGGAAAAGGAUAAGUUCAAACAUACAGAUGUAAAGAUAUCACAAUUACAUGAAGCAAGCGGAUCCCUCAUUUUGUUGA